UGUGGGAAAUUAAUGUAUUUUUCCUUUUUUUCUUUUUAGGUAAGUAACUGAAUGGGACAUGAAGAAUUGACGUUUAAAUGGCCAGCAUGUUGCAAAAGUCUGACAGCAAUGCAAGCUUUCUCCGAGCUGCCAGAGCUGGCAAUUUGGACAAAGUAGUGGAAUACCUGAAAAGUGGAAUAGACAUUAACACAUGUAAUCAGAAUGGGCUCAAUGCUCUGCACCUGGCGGCUAAAGAAGGCCAUGUGGGACUGGUACAAGAAUUACUGGAAAGAGGGUCGGCUGUGGAUUCUGCCACUAAGAAAGGAAAUACCGCCCUACACAUUGCAUCCUUAGCAGGGCAAGCUGAAGUUGUCAAAGUUUUGGUUAAGGAGGGAGCCAAUAUUAAUGCACAGUCUCAGAAUGGUUUCACUCCGUUAUACAUGGCAGCUCAAGAGAACCACAUUGAAGUGGUGAAAUAUCUGCUGGAGAAUGGAGCCAACCAAAGCACAGCUACUGAGGAUGGUUUCACUCCCUUAGCUGUUGCUCUGCAACAAGGACACAAUCAAGCAGUGGCUAUCCUGCUGGAAAAUGACACCAAGGGGAAAGUGAGAUUACCAGCUUUGCACAUUGCUGCCAGAAAAGAUGACACCAAAUCAGCAGCGCUCCUACUGCAGAACGACCACAAUGCCGAUGUGCAGUCCAAGAUGAUGGUGAAUAGGACGACUGAGAGUGGCUUUACACCUUUGCACAUAGCUGCACAUUAUGGAAACGUCAAUGUGGCAACGCUUCUGCUAAACCGAGGAGCUGCAGUUGAUUUCACAGCAAGGAAUGGAAUCACCCCACUGCAUGUCGCUUCCAAAAGGGGAAACACAAACAUGGUGAAGCUCUUGUUGGAUCGUGGAGGGCAGAUCGAUGCCAAAACCAGGGAUGGACUCACACCGCUCCACUGUGCUGCAAGAAGUGGACAUGACCAAGUUGUGGAGCUGCUUCUGGAACGAGGUGCCCCACUCCUUGCAAGGACCAAGAAUGGGCUCUCCCCACUUCACAUGGCGGCCCAGGGGGACCACGUGGAAUGUGUCAAACAUCUCCUGCAGCACAAAGCUCCUGUGGAUGAUGUGACGCUGGACUACCUGACUGCUCUCCACGUAGCUGCACACUGCGGCCACUAUCGUGUCACCAAGCUCCUCCUGGACAAGAGAGCAAAUCCCAACGCUCGUGCCCUGAAUGGUUUUACUCCACUGCACAUUGCCUGCAAGAAAAAUCGCAUCAAAGUCAUGGAACUCCUGGUGAAAUAUGGGGCUUCAAUCCAGGCUAUAACGGAGUCGGGCCUCACACCAAUACAUGUGGCUGCAUUUAUGGGCCACUUGAACAUAGUCCUCCUUCUGCUGCAGAACGGAGCCUCUCCCGAUGUCACUAACAUUCGUGGAGAAACUGCACUGCACAUGGCAGCACGUGCCGGGCAGGUGGAAGUAGUUCGUUGUCUCCUGAGAAAUGGGGCCCUAGUUGACGCUCGAGCCAGGGAAGAACAGACUCCACUGCACAUCGCCUCUCGCUUGGGUAAAACAGAGAUUGUCCAGCUUCUUCUACAGCACAUGGCCCACCCUGAUGCUGCAACAACUAAUGGAUACACUCCACUGCACAUCUCUGCCAGAGAGGGACAAGUUGAUGUUGCAUCAGUUCUCCUAGAGGCAGGUGCCUCGCACUCCAUGUCCACCAAAAAGGGAUUCACACCUUUGCAUGUGGCAGCCAAAUACGGGAGCCUGGAAGUGGCAAAGCUCCUCCUGCAGCGUCGUGCCUCUCCUGAUUCAGCCGGCAAGAACGGCCUCACGCCCCUGCACGUGGCGGCCCAUUACGACAACCAGAAGGUGGCGCUGCUGUUGCUGGAGAAGGGCGCUUCGCCCCACGCGACCGCCAAGAAUGGAUACACCCCUCUACACAUUGCUGCCAAGAAAAAUCAGAUGCAGAUAGCUACCACGCUGUUGAACUAUGGGGCUGAGACCAACAUUUUGACCAAACAGGGAGUGACGCCACUUCAUUUAGCCUCCCAAGAAGGUCACACAGACAUGGUGACCUUGCUUUUGGAGAAAGGAUCCAAUAUCCAUGUGGCAACAAAGACUGGACUGACAUCCUUACACCUUGCAGCUCAAGAGGAUAAGGUGAAUGUAGCUGAAAUACUCACAAAACAUGGUGCAAACCAAGAUGCUCAGACAAAGCUUGGUUAUACACCUUUAAUUGUGGCAUGUCACUAUGGAAACAUAAAAAUGGUGAAUUUUCUUCUCAAGGAGGGAGCAAAUGUCAAUGCUAAAACAAAGAAUGGGUACACUCCUCUCCACCAAGCUGCUCAACAAGGUCACACUCACAUCAUUAAUGUCCUUCUCCAACAUGGAGCUAAGCCCAAUGCGAUCACUACCAAUGGUAACACUGCCUUAGCUAUUGCUAGGCGUCUGGGAUAUAUCUCAGUGGUCGAUACGCUGAAGGUUGUUACGGAGGAGAUUACUACCACCACAACUACUGUGACAGAGAAGCACAAGAUAAAUGUACCCGAAACAAUGACUGAGGUCCUGGAUGUUUCAGAUGAAGAAGGUGAUGAUACAAUGACAGGAGAUGGAGGAGAGUACCUUAGGCCAGAAGACCUCAAAGAACUAGGAGAUGACUCUUUACCAAGCAGCCAGUUCUUGGAUGGUAUGAACUACCUGAGGUACAGCUUGGAAGGAGGGCGGUCUGACAGCCUGCGAUCCUUCAGUUCAGACAGGUCUCACACACUGAGCCAUGCCUCCUAUCUGAGGGACAGUGCCAUGAUUGACGACACUGUUGUAAUCCCUAGCCAGCAGGUAACUACUCUGGCCAAAGAAGCAGAAAGGAAUUCAUAUCGCUUAAGCUGGGGGCCUGAAAACUUGGACAAUGUGGCUCUUUCUUCCAGCCCUAUUCAUUCAGGCUUCCUCGUUAGUUUCAUGGUGGAUGCUCGUGGGGGUGCCAUGAGAGGCUGCAGACAUAAUGGAUUGAGAAUUAUUAUUCCUCCACGGAAAUGCACUGCUCCAACACGAGUGACUUGCCGCUUGGUGAAACGUCACAGACUGGCCACCAUGCCUCCCAUGGUGGAAGGGGAAGGCUUGGCCAGCCGUCUGAUUGAAGUGGGACCAUCUGGGGCCCAGUUUCUUGGUAAACUUCAUCUACCUACGGCUCCUCCCCCACUUAAUGAGGGAGAAAGCUUGGUCAGCCGAAUCCUUCAGCUGGGGCCUCCUGGGACCAAAUUCCUUGGGCCUGUGAUUGUGGAGAUUCCCCAUUUUGCUGCUCUGCGUGGGAAAGAGAGAGAACUGGUAAUCCUGCGCAGUGAGAACGGGGACAGCUGGAAGGAACAUUUCUGUGAAUACACUGAGGAUGAACUAAAUGAAAUCUUGAAUGGGAUGGAUGAAGUGCUUGACACACCAGAAGAGCUUGAGAAGAAACGUAUCUGCCGCAUCAUCACUCGUGAUUUCCCUCAGUACUUUGCAGUGGUGUCCCGAAUCAAACAGGACAGCAACCUUAUUGGACCUGAGGGAGGUGUGCUGAGCAGCACUGUUGUACCACAAGUGCAGGCAGUCUUCCCAGAAGGAGCUUUAACCAAACGAAUUCGUGUUGGCCUCCAGGCUCAACCUAUGCAUACUGAACUUAUAAAGAAGAUUUUGGGCAACAAGGCUACCUUCAGUCCUAUAGUCACACUGGAGCCCAGGAGGAGGAAGUUCCACAAACCCAUCACGAUGACAAUUCCUGUCCCCAAGGCCUCCAGUGAUGGGAUCAUGAAUGGUUAUGGAGGUGACACACCCACUCUAAGGUUACUAUGCAGCAUAACAGGAGGAACCACCCCUGCCCAAUGGGAAGACAUCACUGGAACAACACCACUGACAUUUGUUAAUGAAUGUGUUUCCUUCACAACAAAUGUGUCUGCUAGAUUCUGGUUAAUUGACUGCCGACAGACACAAGAGUCUGUUACUUUUGCUUCUCAAGUGUAUAGAGAGAUUAUCUGCGUCCCCUACAUGGCCAAAUUUGUGGUGUUUGCCAAAUCACAUGAUCCCAUUGAAGCACGGUUAAGAUGUUUCUGCAUGACAGAUGACAAGGUGGAUAAAACUCUAGAACAACAAGAAAAUUUUGCUGAAGUUGCCAGAAGCAGGGAUGUCGAGGUAUUAGAAGGAAAACCCAUCUAUGUUGACUGUUUUGGCAAUUUGGUGCCACUAACUAAGAGUGGACAACAUCAUAUAUUCAGUUUUUUUGCCUUCAAAGAAAACAGACUUCCUCUAUUUGUUAAGGUGCGAGAUACCACUCAAGAACCCUGCGGACGAUUAUCAUUCAUGAAGGAGCCAAAAUCAACAAGAGGUCUUGUUCAUCAAGCCAUAUGUAAUUUAAACAUCACGUUACCUGUUUACACAAAGGAAUCAGAAUCAGACCAAGAACAAGAAGAAGAGGUUGAUAUGACUUCAGAAAAAAAUGAUGAGACAGAAUCUACAGAAACAUCUAUCCUGAAAAGCCAUCUGGUUAAUGAAGUCCCUGUACUAGCCAGUCCAGACUUACUGUCUGAAGUUUCAGAGAUGAAACAAGAUUUGAUCAAAAUGACUGCCAUCUUGACAACUGACCCUUCUGAUAAAUCAGGCUCUAUUAAAGUGAAAGAUCUUGGGAAAGCCACUGAAGAGGAGCCAGGAGAGCCUUUUGAAAUAGUUGAAAGGGUGAAAGAAGACUUAGAAAAAGUGAAUGAAAUUCUUAGAGGUGGAUCAUAUACUAGAGAAGAACAUGCUUUGCAAAAGUCUCUUUCCAGACAAGAAUUGGUAGAAGAAGAAUGGGUCAUUGUCAGCGAUGAAGAAAUUGAAGAGGCCAGAAGAAAUGCUCCUAUAGAGGUCACUGAACCUAUCUGUGUAGAAGUUAGAAUAGACAAAGAGACAACAGAGAUGGAAAAGAAAGACAUGACAGGAAUGGUAGAUUACCUUACUGAGGAUUUAAACAAAUACGUUUCUCUUCAUGAGGUACAGCCACAAGCUUUACAGGAAGACAUGGUAGAAGAGAGAUUUGAAGCUGUAGUAAUAAGCAGGGAUUCUGAAAAAGAAGGACGAGAGUCUCCAACAACCGAAACAGUAAGUCCACAAGAACAACAUAAGCCAGCCUUAGAAAUUAAAAAGCCAGUUAGAACAAAGUUAAAAGACAAGCACAAACAAAAGGAAGGCAAGAUGCACAGUAGUGAACAACAACCAGGACUAAUGAAGAUCAGUUCAGAUGAGUCUCCAAAGGAGGAACAUGGCUUAACACCAGCAGCUGCUCCUGAGGCUAAAGCCGUAUCUCCUGUCAUAGAGGAAACUCCUAUUGGUUCAAUAAAAGAUAAGGUAAAAGCUCUUCAGAAACGAGUGGAAGAUGAACAAAAAAUACGCUCUAAGCUACCUGUCAGAAUUCAAACAAGAGAAGGCACUGCUGAAAAGGCUUCUAAAAAACCAGUACCAGUCAAAAAAACAGUUGCACACAAAGCACAGCCUCCUGUUUCACCUUCUUCUAAGACAGAAAGACUUGAAGAGACCAUGUCAGUUCGAGAGCUGAUGAAAGCCUUCCAGUCAGGUCAAGACCCAUCCAAGAAUGUAUCUGGACUGUUCGAGCACAAAUCUGUCAAACAAAAGCAACAACCCCCUGAGAAGGAAACAACACGGAGAAAAACAAUUUCUUCACUAAGUGAAACAAAGCGAGUAUCAAGCCACAAGACAGACAAACAGAAGGACAAGCAAAGCACAGUCUUAAAAGCAGAGAAAGAGCCACAGCCAAAGAAAGGAAGAAUGCAAGUAUCCACUGUUGAUACUAUCAAGAAAACUGUAGGCAAAGACCAAGUAAAACAGCAGAGCAGCAAAAAAACAACAGCGGAACCUCCCCCUCCAGUAUUUGCUGAUGAAAGUACCAAAGAUUCAGCAGUUGUAAAGGGCAAGACUUCUGAUGACCAAGCCGAUGCAGACUUUCAGAUCAGCCCUGACAGGAAAACCUCAACAGAUUUUUCCGAUGUCAUUAAAGAAGAACUUGAGGAUAAUGACAAAUACCAACAAUUCCGACAUCUUUCAGUGACAGAGGAAGGCGAGCUUAACUUGGAGCAAGUACUGACCAGUCCCUUCAAUGUUGCUUUCCCUGCUGAGUAUGUAAAAGAUGGAUUCCUUCCUGCUCUCUCUCUGCAAAGUGCUGCUUUUGAUGGGAGCUCAGAGAGCCUUAAACAUGAAGGUGUGGCUGAUUCUCCAGGUAGCCUGCUUGAUGGAACUCCUCAGAUCAGUUCUGAGGAAAGUUAUAAACAUGAGGGUCUGGCAGAAACUCCAGAAACAAGCCCUGAAAGCCUUUCUUUCUCACCAAAGAAAACCGAUGGGCAAAUUGAAGAAGCUAAAGGAACAGCUAAAGUACACACAACAGCAGAAACAUGUUCUCCGAAGGAACUCUCACCAAAGGAAAAUGAAAAAGGUAUUACUGAAAAACAGCUUGAUGCUGUUGCUGAGACUAGUGAGUCUCAUUCUGACCAUGUAUCAGAAGAGCUUGUACCUACAGCCUCUGGAGAAGAGGCUGAUAAACUUAAAGAAAGUAGCUCAGCUUCCAUUAUGAAAGAUAUUAGCAGGGAUAAAGAAUCCAGAACCACUCCACAUUUAACUAAGUCUUCUGAAACACAUGACACUGCUUUAGAGAAAGAGAAAGAUAUAACCUGUGAACACCGUGUUGUGGUUAGAAGCCCCCAAAAAUUGGAACUUUCACUUGCUAGCCAUGAUAGUGAAUGCUUUAGCCCAGUUGCAGAUGACUCUUUGGCUAUAAGUCAUAAAGACUCACUGGAAGCAAGCCCCGUGCUAGAAGAUAACUCAUCACAUAAAACGCCUGAUUCUUUGGAGCCCAGUCCCAUGAAAGAAUCUCCUUGCCGUGAUUCCCUUGAAAGUAGUCCUGUAGAACAAAAAGUGAAAGUUGGUAUUUUGGGGCAGGGUCCUCUUCAGUCUAUUCUUGGCAAAGGAGAAACUUGCCCAGAGUUGGCAACAGUACGUUCCAGGAUUCUCCGUGACCCUGAGGGAAGUGCUGAUGAUGACAGUCUAGAGCAAACAUCUCUCAUGGAGAGUUCAGGGAAAAGUCCUCUUUCACCUGAAACUCCCAGUUCUGAAGAAAUUAGCUAUGAAAUCACACCUAAAACUGCAGACUCACAAGCACUGUCAAAUAUACCAAAGUCAGCCGUGAUCCCUGAAGUCAGUGAAGAACCAGAGGAUGAAUCAGAAAGUGAACCAAAGAAGAAAUUUACCCCUGAAGAGGAGAUGUUUAAAAUGGUGACAAAAAUCAAAACGUUUGAUGAAUUAGAGCAAGAAGCAAAGCAGAAGCGAGAUUACAAAAGGGAUUGUAAGCAAGAUGAAUAUUCUCUAAUUGCUGACUCAGAAGUUGCAUGUGAAAUUGAAGAAUCAAAGUCAAAAACCGUAGAAGAAAAAGAUAUACCCACAGUGGUGAUGUCUUCAGCUGAAUCUAGAAAAAGUUCUUCCUCUUCAGAAAGUGAGCCAGAAUUGACCCAGCUUAAAAAAGAAGCUGAUUCAGGUCUCUUAAUGGAACCUGUAAUCCGAGUACAACCACCUUCACCAUUACCAUCUAGUAUAGACUCCAGUUCUAGCCCUGAAGAAGCAGGUUUUCAACCCAUUAAUUCAAAACAGUGUUCUUCCAGGAUAGGUGCAGUUACAGCAGAACAGGACAAACCAACAGAAGAUGACAAAGAUGAACCAUAUAUCCUUGGAGGCAGCUGUAAGGCUUCCACAAGAAAAUCGGGCAUUUGUCAUUCAGACGGUUGUGUAUCAGCAGAAACUGAUGAAUCAAAAUGUGAUAGUAUAGAUGAGAGUGAGGUUAGUCCUAAUGUCCCAGUGACAAAAUGUGAGGGUACUCUGUGUCAUUCCAUUGGUGACUGUUCUCAGAAAGAAGUUCACAUCGAGUCUUCAACGCUACACCAAGACGAUACCAAUGAAAAUGGUAUCAAAAGCACUGUUCUUUUAACACACACAACUCUCACUACUAAAGGAACAGUGACUGAGAAAGUAGAUGAUGGUUCUUGUGGACACAGUACCACUGAAUUCUCUGUACCACAAGACGACAAACUGACUGAAGAUGAUCUCGUUGAACAUUCUGAUUUUGCAAAAGUAGAUGCAGAUUUUAAAACACCUCAGAGAGAUAUUUGUGCUGAGGAACCCUUGUCAGAGUAUUCAUCCCUUACCACUGAAACAGUGGAACUUGAAGGUUGUGUAACGGAUGCUGCUGAAAGUAGAGCUCCGCAUAUAGUAAGCCCUUAUGAAAAUGUGUCUUCUGAACAUUUUUUUACUGAUGGUGGUGAAAGUAAGAUAGGAACUGGUCAAAGCCUGCUAUCUAGUGAAGACUAUUCUGUUGAAGAAACAAAGGAUAAGACUGGUGAAGCUUUGCUUAGUAACGGCACAGGUAGUGAAUAUCAAUGUUCAAAGGAAGUGCAUAUGGAAACAGAACUUAAAACAGAGGAUAUAUUUCAGAAAAUCUCUCCAGGGUCUUCAGCAUCAGAUUCCACAAAGUUAGCCGAAUCUGCCCUUACGGAUAUAAGAGAUGAAACAGAGAAAUUGAUCAGUCAAGUUGUCAUUACCAAGACUGAUGUAGAUUCUGACACAUGGAGUGACAUUCGUGAAGAUGAUGAAGCUUUUGAAGCUCGGGUAAAAGAAGAGGAACAAAAGAUAUUUGGGUUGAUGGUAGACAGGCGAUCACAAGGCACAACACCUGAUACAACACCGGCUAGAACACCCACUGAAGAAGGGACACCACUUAGUGAACAAAAUCCUUUUCUUUUUCAGGAAGGAAAGUUGUUUGAAAUGACCAGAAGUGGAGCUAUUGACAUGACCAAAAGAAACUAUCCAGAUGAAAGUUUUCAUUUCUUCCAAAUGGGGCAGCAGCCUCAGGAAGAAGUUUCUUUAUGUGAGGAAAUCAAAGAAGCAGCAGAGGCAGAAUCUUCUAAGCCGGAGAGUCCACCAGAUCCAUUUUCACUUUCAGAAUCAGAGGACCCGGAUAUACAAGGAAAAGAUACACUGAAUCGUUCACCCUCACCAUCUGAGCCUUGUGAUAAAUCAGAAGAAGUGACUGAUGAAGGCAUCGGCGUAGGCACUGCAAAAGCAGAGCUUAAAUCCAGAAUUCCAAUUAAAAUGGGUAUUUCAGCUUCUUCAAAAUCACCAAAGAAAGAAACUGCUGCCUCUGAAGCUGAAUCCCUCUUCAUAGUGGAGACUGACAUAGUCGAUAGCAGUCAGGUGCCUUUCCCCAUCUCUCCUGAGCAGUCUGUGGUAGAAGAUGAGUUAGAAUUUUCCAAAGUCACUAGAUUUGUUUGUUCUGAAAAGGAUGAUGAGUCCCCAGACUCUUCACCAGAAGAACAGAGAUCUGUGAUAGAAAUCCCUACUGCUUUAAUGGAGAGAGUGCCUUCUUGUGAAAGCAAAUCCAAAAUCCCUGUAAGAACAGCUGCUGCUGCAUCACAAUCACUGCAACAAUCAGAAAAUGAGAACCUUCCCAUUGAUGACUUCCUAGACAGUCUGCAGUGUGAAGGAAAAGAUGACCAAGCAAAACCAAAGUCUAAAAUUCCUGUCAAAUCAGCUUUCCAAAGAGCUGAACAACAAUACACAUCCACAGACACAUCUGUCCACAAGCUAGAGUCAUCCAAAGCUCUCAGCAUGACAAGCAAACUACCUACAAAACAAGAUAGCCGAAGUAAAUCUGAAUCUGAUGCAAGUAUUCCCAUGGACCCAAAGACCAAACGUUCAAUAAAAGCUAGGAGUUAUGCAGAGGCAGAAGCAGAGACCUGGGAGAGGGAGAGCGAGUUAAAGGUUGAGCUAGACUCAGAUGAGGCAACAACAGCAAGACCCAAGGUAUUUUCAUCACGAGUGCCAGUUAAAAGCAGGAGCACUACAGCCUCCCACAGUGCUUUUAGUCCUACAAAAGAAAGUAAGGAACAUUUUUUUGACCUGUAUAAAAACUCCAUAGAAUUCUUUGAAGAAAUUAGUGAUGAAGCUUCUAAGUUAGUGGAAAGACUUACACAAUCAGAAAGAGAACAAGAAUUAGUUUCAGAUGACGAAAGCAGUAGUGCCCUAGAAGUUUCAGUUAUUGAAAACGUGCCAUCCAUUGAGACUCAGCAGUCAGUUCCUGAAGACAUCUUUGACACCAGACCUAUUUGGGAUGAGUCUGUAGAGACUCAGAUUGAACGUAUACCUGAUGACAAUAUCCAUGACCAUGCUGAAGAUAAACAGGAUGAUCGGGAACGGACCGAGGAAAGACUGGCCCACAUUGCUGAUCACCUUGGAUUCAGUUGGACAGAGUUAGCAAGAGAACUGGAUUUCACAGAAGAGCAAAUUCACCAAAUCAGGAUUGAAAAUCCUAAUUCACUCCAAGACCAGAGCCAUGCACUCCUCAAAUAUUGGCUUGAAAGGGAUGGAAAACACGCAACAGAUACAAAUCUUACUCAAUGUCUUACAAAAAUCAACCGAAUGGAUAUUGUUCACCUAAUGGAAACCAGUGGCAUUGACUCUAUGCAGGUCCACGGCACUCGCACAUAUGCAGAAAUUGAACAAACAAUAGGAUUGGACCAUAGUGAAGGGUUUUCUGUACUGCAAGAAGAACUGUACAGUUCAAGACAUAAGCCGGAAGAACACCACAGAAUGUCUAAAGACAGUGACCCAGUGGAACACCCUCCUAUUGUUUCUGAGGAAGAUGUAUCUGUCAGUUAUUCUCCUUUUCAGGACAGUACUCCUAGGAGUGAGGCAGAGCUAUCAAUGGCUGAGCUCCUAAGGCAAACACACAAAGAACAAGUGGAAGCUGAAUUCUCAGGGAAACUCCACAAUGUGGUAGAAACAACAUCUUCACAACAUGAAUAUUUCGUCACAACUCCAGGAGCAGAGCAGACAGCAGCAAGUGAUACAUCUGCACACUUCAGUGCAACAGAGGAAGAGAGAGAAAAAACAUCCCCACAACCCUCAUCAUCUGCUCAGAGAGGUGGUUCUCCCAUCAUCCAAGAACCUGAAGAGCUCCAUCUCCAUCAGGAUGACCUCUCUCCAAGGAGAACUAGUCUAGUGAUAGUGGAGUCAAUUGAUGAACAGCCAGAAAAGCUCGGAAGUGGCUACGAGGAGGAAUCUUUAGAAAAGGCCGAUAGUAUGCCUGAAAUGCCACCAGAAACAGUCACAGAAGAACAAUACACAGAUGAACAUGGCCACACAGUGGUAAAGAAGGUCACUAGAAAGAUCAUCUGGCGAUAUGUUUCUCCAGAUGGUACUGAAAAAGAAGACAUCAUUAUGCAAGGAACACCUCAAAAACCUGUCAUGGUUGAAGAAGGAGAUGGCUAUUCCAAAGUUGUAAAACGAGUUGUGCUGAAAAGCGACAGUGAACAGUCAGAGGUGACUUUGUCUGAACCUGGUGUUUUGCCCAGUGCCUCCAAUUUCCAGUCUGAGCCAGUGGAAGGCCGCAAGGUCAGCAAAGUCAUAAAGACUACUGUAGUGCAAGGAGAGAGAAUGGAGAAACACGUGGGGGAUGCUAGCUUAGCUACUGAUCUUCCGUCAGCCAAAGAGGACUUUGAAGAGGACAACACUAAGUAAAGCCAGCACACAGAAGAGGACUGUGAUGAAGGAUCAGUAUGGAAAACAUGUUCACAUAGAAGAGCUGGAUGACACACCAGAAGCACUACCACAGGAUGACCUCCAGCAUGACCUUCAGCAGCUUCUUAGACACUUCUGCAAAGAGGAUUGGAAACAAGAUGCAAAAUAAGAAGCUGUCACCCCUCAACAACAUGUCCAUCCAGUACGCAGCAUUCAUCUUUUCUAGGUGUAGACAUUAUGACCUACGUAAUCACUGGAAGACACUGCCAUUUCUACUUGUGCAGAUGCAGUGAAUUCAUUUUUUCCCCUGUAUUUGAUUUUAGGUUUUUGUUAUUUUUUACCCUGUAAGCUAAUUUGUGACCAAAGAUAGCAUCCUUCAUUCAGGAUGAUUUAUCCACCGAGUUGUCGUCUUUGUGCUGUACUGGGACCUUGUCAGCAUCGCCACUUUUUGCUGGUCCUUUGCUUCUGCACUAGCUUCUCAAAACUGCAUUUGUCAAUCCAAUUUCAUCUACAGGCCUCUUCAAGUGACUAUGUACAGGCAUCAUGAAAAAAGGGAGUUAACGUGUAAACUGUAUAUAGCAAGAGUAUCUGGACUUACUUAUGAGACUGCAGAAAACACACUGCCUAUGAAUACUAUUAGUGUCGUGGAUUACAAGGUUUGUUGAUGCUGGUGAACAACAGAAAAAUAACAUUAAAAUGAUCAACUGCGAACACUGACUGAGGAGGAAGCACUGCAGAUCUACUGCAUCCAUAAGACUUCCAGUUUAGGGAUCUAUUACUAUAGUUAAAGGCUCUAAGAGUCAGGCUAAAAACCUGGAAAUUCAGCUGUUCUCAUGAAGAGCUGACUGUGUGUGGCCAUCGAUACUUUUAAGACCUUUGGACAGCCACUUCAAGAUUUCCAGAAAAGAAAAAAAAUAAUUAAAAAUAUCCAAUUAGGUAACCAACUUGCUAGCAGCUAUAUCUAUGGCACAUUUGCAUACGGUAUUAAAAUCUUUUAGAUCUGGACAUGUGGCAGGGUGUAUUAAACAAUUAUAACUACAGUAGGUUCCUGUUUUCAUCACUGCUUUAGCAAACCACAUUGUCCUGCUGGCCACUGCACUGUAGAUAACUAUGGGAGAAAGACUUACACUAUAUGAAAAGAAUAAUUAAUUCACCAUGUUUUAAUCAAGACUGCCUCUUUUCAGAUACAUGCAUGUGGCAUUUGAAGAUCAAAACCAAACCUCCUGUAAUUGUGUCAACCUACUAAAGCCCUCUAAGCACUGAGCGAGCAGUUUUUAUCUUCCAGUCAAAUGUUUUUUUAAAGAGAAAGUGCUCACUCUUCAAAAGCCAGUUUCUGUUCAUAUUUUGUUACCUAUCUAUAUAUUAUAUAUAUUUCUAAAUCAACCCUCUGAAAAAUCACAAUAGCAUGUACGCACUUUUAUUUUAAAAUAAAGGGAACAAAGAUGUGACAUGUUUGGUAUUCUAUACCUUAACAUUUAGAGGUGAGCACUCUGGAACAUUUUAGAAUAUAUUACACAUGCAAACACACUAAAGGUUUUUAAACAGCUGUUUGAUUUUUUUUUUUUAAUAGCAUACUCAAGAUUAAAAACAAAUCCUCUCCUUUAAGAUUAAUGCUUUUUCCAAGCUUACCUGGCCUACUACGAUUACGGUUUGGGUUUAUGACUCACUCAGUGCUCAGAACAAGGAAGGGCACUUCUCACUAAACUACCAAUGCCAAAAGCAUGAGCACAUCUUGGGAGCUGAGGCUUCCUGCAGACAAAGCAACCUGAGGUGCCAUGCUAACACUUUUUUUGGCAGGCAGGCAGAAAAAAAGUGUUUUGGCAGCCAAAAUGAAUGAGACCCUUGAUAAAACAUUUCACAAUACAUCGAUGGCUUUCUUAUUGUCAAAGCACAGGAUGAUCUUCAAGAAUGGGGCUCUAAAGAAAUGCAUUUCUGUUGUGUUAUUUGCGGUGCAGAUGAUGUUCUGUGUAACAACAUAAUGGUUAUUCACCUCUUAUUUUGGUUUUUUUUUUUGCUGUGUUAUCAAAGAACUUGAAUACUGUGAGAAGAAGUGAAUUUUAAGUUGAUGAAUCAGCAUCUUGUUCCCAUGGUGAUAACACUAAUUGAAUAUAUCUAUGAGGGCAUGUAUUAGUUAAAAAUUAAAAAAAAUACAACACUAACAAUACAUAGCUGCAAUGUGUACAAUGGCUGAUUUAACUAAAUAAAAAUGUACAAGUGUUAAAUGUA